AUGGAAAGUGCGGUUGGAACAAUGAACCAUGAAAGCAAAACAAAUUCUACAAUCACAAUUAAGGGUAUUCUGAGUCUUCUAAUGGAAAGUGUUGGUGAGAAUAGCAAGAGAGUUAUUUCUCUUGGAAUAGGUGACCCUACUCUCUCCACGUGUUUCCCUAAUACCAAGGUUGCUGAAGAAGCUGUUGCUGAUUCACUUCAUUCCGCCAAGUUUCAUGGAUAUGCUCCCACUCCAGGUCUUCUCCAGGCCAGAAGUGCAAUUGCCAAAUAUCUAUCGGAUGACCUCCCUUACGAGCUAUCAUCUGAUGAUGUUUUUAUAACAUGUGGAUGCACACAAGCCAUUGAUGUUUCGGUUGCGUUGCUUGCUCGCCCCGGUGCAAAUAUUUUGCUACCAAGACCCGGCUUCCCAAUCUAUGAACUUAGUGCUGCAUUUAGACAAGUUGAAGUGAGACAUUAUGAUCUGUUGCCUGAAAAAGGUUGGGAGGUUGACUUAGAUGCUAUUGAAGCCCUCGCAGAUCAGAACACGGUCGCAAUAGUGAUUAUAAACCCCGGGAAUCCUUGUGGAAAUGUAUACUCUUAUCAUCAUUUGGAGAAGAUUGCGAAAACAGCAAAAAGGCUUGGGACAAUUGUGAUUGCUGAUGAAGUUUAUGGUCACCUUGCAUUUCGGGAUAACCCUUUUGUGCCUAUGGGGGUUUUUGGGUCUAUUGUUCCUGUUCUAACUCUUGGAUCCUUGUCUAAGAGAUGGAUAGUACCUGGAUGGAGACUCGGUUGGUUUGUGACAAAUGAUCCAUCUGGUACUUUCAGAAAACCAAAGGUAGUCGAGCGCAUCAAAAAGUAUUUUGAUCUAUUGGGAGGCCCAGCUACUUUCAUCCAGGCGGCUGUACCUCGCAUAAUUACACAGACAGAAGAGGUUUUCUUCAAAAAAACCAUUGACAGUUUGAGGCUUACUGCAGAUAUAUGUUGCCAAGAGAUGGAAGAUAUUCCAUGCAUUUCUUUCCCUUGCAAACCACAAGGGUCCAUGGCUAUGAUGGUGAAACUAAACCUUUCGCUUAUGGAAAAUAUUAGCGAUGAUAUUGAUUUCUGUUUUAAACUUGCCAAGGAGGAAUCUGUUAUCAUUCUUCCAGGAACUGCAGUAGGGCUAAAAGAUUGGAUUCGUAUCACUUUUGCUGCUGAUCCAUCUUCUCUCAGAGAAGGUAUGAAAAGGAUAAAAGCUUUCUCUCAAAGACAUGCGAGCGAACAGUAA